AUGUCGAUGGUGCGGGAUUCCGCGGAAGAUCUGCGACCGAUGACGACGCGGGUGAUGGAUGCGACGUGCGCGCGCGCGGGUGGGACGGACGAUGGAGGGAAGACGGGGCGAUGGACGGAUGGGGGGGGUGGAUUGGCGACGGGCGCGAACGGCGGCGGCGGCGAGGGCGGCGGCGCGUCGAGGAGCGCGUCGAGCACGCAUCUCGAGCUGGAAGAGGUCGCGGUGAGAGUGGCGGCGAUGAGUCCGUGGGCGGUGAGAGCGGAUGAGGAGGCGGCGAACGCGCGGGCGAUGGCGGCGAGAGAGCGGGACGCGGCGGAGCCGCUGUUGAGGGACAAUCCGGACCGAUUCUGUCUCUUUCCGAUCAAGCAUCCGAGGGUUUGGGAGAUGUAUAAGAAGGCGGAGGCGAGCUUUUGGACGGCGGAGGAGGUUGAUUUGACGUACGACUAUAAGGAUUGGCAGACGCUGAACGAGAACGAGAAGCACUUCGUGUCUCACGUGUUGGCGUUUUUCGCCUCGAGCGACGGCAUUGUUCUCGAGAAUCUGUGCUCGCGAUUCAUGAGCGACGUGCAGCUUCCAGAGGCGCGAUCGUUCUACGGAUUUCAACUCGCGAUCGAGAACAUUCACAGCGAGAUGUACUCGCUGCUUUUGGACACGUACAUCAAGGAUCCGAAGAAGAAAUCCGAAUUGUUUCGCGCCAUUCACACAGUGCCGACUGUGGCGAUGAAAGCAGACUGGGCGCUUCAUUGGAUCGGUAGCGACGCGAGCUUCGCCGAAAGGCUGGUGGGAUUCGCGUGCGUCGAAGGAAUCUUCUUCAGUGGGUCAUUCUGCGCCAUCUUCUGGCUGAAAAAGCGAGGAUUGAUGCGCGGUUUAACCUUCUCCAACGAGCUCAUCAGCCGAGACGAAGGCUUGCACUGCGACUUCGCUUGCUUGCUGUACGGCAUGUUGCAGAAUCCUCUCAGCGAGGCGACGCUUCAUCAUAUCGUAGGAGACGCGGUGAAAAUUGAGAAGGAGUUCGUGUGUGACGCUCUGAGUUGCUCGCUCGUUGGCAUGAAUGCCGACAUGAUGAGCACUUACAUCGAGUUCGUCGCGGACCGACUACUCAUUCAGCUCGGAGCAUCAAAGCUAUUUAACGCCGUCAACCCGUUCGAUUGGAUGGAGCUCAUUUCGCUUCAGGGUAAAGCUAACUUUUUUGAGCACCGCGUAGAUCAGUAUCAAAAGGCUGGCGUGAUGGGUAACGUAGAAGACAAUCACGCCUUUAGGACGGAUUGCGAUUUUUAG